AUGAAACGACAGAUUAUUGCUAUGGCUUCCCUUGUGGCGCUCGGUUAUGGCGCAGAUGUGGACAAUUCUAAGCUUGAUCCGUUGCAGUUCAAGAAGGAUGGCACUUUCCAAAUUGCCAUCUUCUCUGAUAUGCAUUUUGGACAAUAUGAAUCAACAACAGGUCCUGAGCAGGAUCGUCACUCAGUCGAGGUUAUCAGCAAGGUCCUGGACUACGAUAGACCAGAUCUGGUCGUUCUCAAUGGCGAUCUCAUCAACGGUGACUCAACAUGGAAGCAUAACAGCACACAUUAUGUCGACAUGAUCGUUGAGCCUAUGGUAAACCGCAGUCUUACCUGGGCUUCCACCUAUGGAAAUCACGACCACAACUACAACAUCGCUGGCGAUGGAAUUCUUGAACGCGAGCAAAUGUUCCCUGGAGCACGUACUCGGAAAAUGGUCAACACGACAAAAUCUGGUACAACCAACUACUAUCUACCCGUCUAUGCUUCCGACUGCAAGAAGACUUCCGAUUGCAGUCCACAGCUCAUCCUAUGGUUCUUUGAUAGCCGUGGCGGAAACUAUUAUCAGGGAAGCUGGCAGGAGAAUUGGGUUGACCAGAGCGUUGUGGACUGGUUCAAUGAGACCAACACGGACAUCACGGACAAGUACAACAAAACCAUUCCUUCACUCGCUUUUGUCCACGUACCUCCCAACGCGACAGUCGCCCUUCAGACCGAGCUGGGUAUUCGCAAGAAUUACCAGGUAGGUAUCAACGAUGACCCUCCAGUACCUCAACAGGGCUACGGAUGGUGCGCAGACGGAACCCCUACCUACGACUGCCCAUACGGCGGCCAAGACAUUCCUUUCAUGGAAGCUUUGGUCACUAUUCCUGGAAUCAUCGGCCUGUUCUACGGUCACGACCACGGAAACACAUGGUGCUACCGCUGGGAUACGAAGCUAGACGGAAUGGACAUUGAAGGCAACGGUAUCCACCUCUGCUACGGACAGCACUCAGGGUACGGCGGCUACGGCGAUUGGAUCAGAGGUGCGCGAGAAAUCGUCGUGACAGAGGAUAUGUUGGAGAAGCACGAGGUUCAGACAUAUAUCCGCCUUGAAGAUGGUGAUGCGGUGGGCAACGUGACGCUGAACUCGACUUUUAACGACAAUUAUUACCCUGCCACACCGAAUACCAUGACUUAUAUGUCGGAUGAUGCGGAUGAUGAAAGCGGUGCAUUUGGUCUUGAGAGCUGUUUGGAGUUUGCUUUGGGAGGAUCUUUGGCAGCGAUGGUUUGGUUGAUGCUUUGA